UUCAUAGAGGCCAGUGCAUGGCCUGGCCGGCUAGUAUAUUAUAAUUAGCCCUAACGAAAAGCGAGGGUCAAAAGUCAAGGCCUGUCCAACACAACACAUCUCAGCUGUUUUUACGAGACGAACGCACUCCUCUUCAUUUGCCAUUAACAUUAGAUCUACUUACAGUACUUAGUCUUACUGUUACUUCAAAAUGUUGCGCCAUAAACAAAAAAUGUUGCUAAUUUCUGUAAUUCGACGCCUUUCGUCUCAGUCUCAUCCUCAGAAUAAUAAAAAGACUUGCCUGUAUGAUUAUCACCUUUCUGAGGGGGCGAAAAUGGUACCUUUUGCUGGCUGGGAGAUGCCAGUUCAGUACAGGUCUGGCAUCAUUGAGGAGCAUCUCCAUGUGAGGAAGGAGGUUGGUGUAUUUGAUGUCUCACACAUGCUGCAGACUCGCGUUGAAGGAAAGGAUCGAAAACAUUUCAUGGAGAGCAUGGUUGUAGGUGAUAUUGAAGGCCUACAAGAGAAUCAAGGCACACUGACUGUAUUUACAAAUGAGCAUGGGGGAAUCUUGGAUGACUUGAUAGUAACAAACACAGAGCAAGGUUACUUGUAUGUUGUGUCAAAUGCUGGCUGCGCUGAGAAAGACUUAGCACAUAUGAAGAAAAAAGAAUCAGAAUUUCAACAAGCUGGCGCUGAUGUCAGUUUGAGUACUAUAGACACAGCUCUGCUUGCUGUACAAGGUCCUAAAAUGGUGACAGCUCUUCAGCCUGGAUUGGACUUUGACUUGAAAAAGCUUCCGUUUAUGAGGACAAUCCAGUCGCGAGUUUUUGGUGCUGAUGGCUGUAGAGUGACUCGAUGCGGUUAUACUGGAGAAGAUGGUGUAGAGAUCUCCAUCCCCACUGGUCAAGCUGCUGCUGUCCUGAGUUCACUGCUGGCGUCUAAAGAGGCCUGCGUCAAGCUGAUUGGGCUGGGUGCCAGGGACAGUCUGAGACUGGAAGCUGGACUCUGUCUUUAUGGCAGUGACAUUGAUGAAACCACCACACCUGUUGAGGCCAAUUUGACCUGGCUCAUCAGUAAAGCCAGAAGAUCAAAGGCAGAUUUUCCAGGUGCCAAAGUAAUUUUGGAACAGAUAAAAACCAAACCAGAAAAAAAAAGAGUCGGCUUGAUCUCGUCAGGGGUGCCUAUCAGGGGCCAUGCUAAGAUCUACUCUGAAGAUGGAUCCCUUCAAAUAGGGGAAGUGACCAGUGGCUGCCCAUCCCCAUCCCUCAAGGCCAACAUUGCCAUGGGCUAUGUCAACACUUCAUUUGCUUUAAAUGGCACAAAGGUCAAGGUUGAAGUUCGGCAAAAAAAAUUGGAUGCUCAAGUGACUAAAAUGCCAUUUGUCCCAUCUAAUUACUUUAUUCUUAAGUCAUAGUUAAUUCAUCUGUCUCCAAGUUUAUUCUAUGUACACAUUAAAUAAUGCAAGUUUUCAAUAAUCUUGAUUUAUUAUAAUAUAAAUAUAAGUAUUAAAUAUUUUCAUAAGCAAAUGUAUACCUUGAACCGAAAUUUUUUUGCAACCAAUUUAUAUUACUUAGACAAAAAUAGACUGCUGUGCAAUAGCAAAAUUACCAUUACAAAUUAUUUAGCCCCUUUUCUUCUCUUCAUAUCUCUUCUCCCCCCCCCC